AUGGACCUCAACUGCUCCUGCGCCACCAGAGGCUCCUGCACCUGUGGUGACUCCUGCAAAUGCAAAGAGUGCAAAUGCACAUCCUGCAAGAAAAGCUGCUGCUCCUGCUCCCCUGCCGGCUGUGCCAAGUGUGCCCAGGGCUGCAUCUGCAAAGGGGCAUCGGACAAGUGGAGCUGCUGUGCCUGA